GAAUCAGCACACACUCUCAGCUGAAACUGCGUUCCCGUGUGGAAACAAUACACCAAAAUAACCAUGGGAAUGUGCGUAUCCUGGACCAUGAGUCGUUUCAACGGGCUCCGCUCAGCUGCAGGUCAGCUCGGACACUUCUGGGGAAGGCUGGUUUAUAUAUUUACCUUUGUGUAGAACGUUUCCACAUUGAUCUAAUGCAGCUUGCUUUUUCCAGUUUGCCUCUGAAGCAGAGAGACCAGCAGCCAGGCUCUUAUGCAACCCUGCGCUGAUCACUUCAGCACAUUUCCACUGUUACCACAGCUCAGAGGCAGGGAGUGGGGAGCGAGUUGAAACAUGGAAACACUUCAGUGUGCAGCCCGGUGAAUCCCCCACAGAACAACCCAUCGCCAGAGCCCCGGCAGAAAGUCACACUCAACUCGGUGUCUGUCUGUUUUUUUCUUUUGGAAAGGAAGAGGAGUGCCUCCACAUGUGACAUCACAAGAAACCUGAAACCGUCAUUUUCAGCUGCCUCCCUCCCUCCCUCACUGCCUGCUCCCACAUUUGCUGCCCUCUCCCCAACCUCUCCCCGAGACGCUCCGCGCUUCUCCGCUGGGCUCCAAAAGCAGGCCAGUGCGACCAUCCUGCUGCCCAGACUGCACCUCUGAUCCCGGCCUUCACCACACAGGUUCCCCCUCUGCUGCAGGGAGGCCGCCGGGCCUGCUGCUGCUGCAGAUCUUUCAAUACCUUUUCGUUCUUUCGAAAAUUUCCAUCAUUCUGAAGAAACAAGUCAUCCAAUGUUCCCGUCUUAAGUAUGGAACUCCUAUCGAAUGGUAGCCUCGACGCCGCUGCGCCUGCGGACGGAGGAGUCGCACCAGAGGAAGAAAAGUUCCUGCAGCACAAGAGUGAUGGAGCAAAGAGGCCUCAGUUCACCGAUUUUGAGGGUAAAACCUCCUUUGGGAUGUCUGUCUUCAACCUGAGCAACGCCAUCAUGGGCAGCGGCAUUCUGGGUCUGUCGUACGCCAUGUCGAACACCGGCAUCGUGCUUUUCCUGAUCCUGCUGACAUGCAUCGCCUGUCUGUCCUGUUAUUCCAUCCACCUGCUGCUAUGCAGUGCCGGAGUUGUGGGUAUUCGUGCCUAUGAGCAGCUCGGCCUGAGGGCUUUUGGUCAUCCGGGAAAGAUUCUAGCAGCCGUCAUCAUAACGCUACAUAACAUCGGAGCCAUGUCCAGCUACCUGUUCAUAGUCAAAUCUGAGUUACCUCUCGUCAUCCAGGCCUUCCUUGCCCAGACGUCCAGCUCUGACGACUGGUUCAUGAAUGGAAACUACCUCAUCAUCAUCGUCACGGUCUGCAUCAUCCUCCCGCUAACCCUGAUGAAACACCUGGGGUAUCUCGGUUAUACCAGCGGCUUCUCUCUCUCCUGCAUGGUCUUCUUCCUCUCUGCGGUCAUCUACAAGAGAUUCAACAUUGCGUGUCCUCUGGAAGUGUUUGGCAACUACUCUGCGAGCGCAGACGUCCCAGACGACACCUGCGCCACCAAAUUCUUCACCAUCAACCAAGAGACGGCGUACACCAUCCCCAUCCUGGCAUUUGCUUUUGUAUGUCACCCUGAAGUGCUUCCCAUCUACACUGAACUGAGCAACCCAACCAAGAGAAGAAUGCAGAAUAUUGGCAACGUGUCCAUCCUGGGCAUGUUCAUCAUGUACUUCUUCACCGCCAUAUUCGGCUAUCUGACCUUCUACGGUAACACUGAGGCAGAGCUGCUCCACACCUACAGUAAGGUGGACCCCCUGGACACUCUGAUCCUGUGUGUCCGGCUGGCUGUCCUGGUGGCCGUCACUCUGACUGUACCUGUGGUCUUGUUUCCUAUCCGGCGUGCCCUCCUGCAGCUGCUGUUUCCAGGGAAACCCUUCCACUGGCUCCGCCACAUCGCCAUCGCCGUGAGUCUGCUGUUUGCCGUCAACCUGCUGGUCAUCCUCGUUCCCAACAUCCGAGACAUCUUUGGCAUUACUGGGGCAACCACUGCUCCCACUCUGAUCUUCAUCCUCCCCGGACUGUUCUACAUCCGCAUCAUCCCCACAGACCGGGAGCCCGUGAAGUCCAGACCAAAGAUCCAGGCUGCGUGUUUCACAGCACUGGGUUUCAUAUUCAUGACCAUGAGCCUGACAUUCAUCGGACUGGACUGGAUGAGCGGAGAAAAGCGAAGUCACGGCGGCCAUUAAAGUGCACCCCCACCCCCCCGAUCCCUACAGCAGCAGCAGCCGCCCCCUGCUGCGCCCCUCCUCCGGUCUCUGGAUGGGAAGCAAGAUUCAACCUACUGCUGGAAGGCUCUGGGCUUUGGUGGGACUGUUUUUAUUCAUCAAGAAGACAAUCUGUUCCUCCAGAGUGAUGAGAGGAGCCCAGUUUUGUCCCGUCACCCACCCAGGUCGAUAUAUACCACCAGCAUCCAUCACAGGUGGCGUUCCUCUGCUCUACACGAAGAGCUGACGGACAUGUUGACCACGGAAGCCCCUCAGCCACUGCAAGCUCUUUGCCCUAACAGAGGCUAAGUGUGGUGUAUAACAACAGCAAUAUUAAAGGCCAACUGGACAAAAACAUCCGUUUAAUUAUCAGCAAAGUUAGAUGGAGAAAAUGUAUUUGGUAGGAUGACAUAAAACUAGCUAGCUAUUCAGAAAGCCCAUCACGGUGUUUAACACUGUGCUCCGAUUAUUUCUGCCCACGUGAGAGCCGUACAGCACGAGGGAACCGAACACAAGCGUUCGCAUAAUUCACUUUAAUUGUUGCUUUGAGAAUUGUAAUUCUGCACAACAGUUUUUGGCAAACUGGAAAUCACACGUUGGCUUCCAUUAGCCAAAGCCUCACAUGAAGUUUAUGCAACUGUGAACAGCAUAUGUGGAUAUUGUUUAAUAAAAAUUCACAAAAGA